CUUACCCUGCCUCUCCUUUCUGCCAGGGGCCCGUGUUGGAAGGAGAUCUAAGAUGAAGUUAUGGGAUGUUGUGGCUGUCUGCGUGGUGCUGCUCAACACGGUCUCCACCUUGCCCCUGCCCGCCGGUAAGACGCCUCCCAAGGGGUCCCCUUCAGUGGUAGAGGGACCUGAAGAUGAUCUCUCCCCCAUCAGCCUGCUGCCUCCCUAUGCUGUGCACAGUGACUCUAAUAUGCCAGAGGAUUAUCCAGAUCAGUUUGAUGAGGUAGUGGACUUUAUUCAAGCCACUAUUAAAAGACUGAGGAGGUCACCAGAUAAACAGACUCCGAUUUUUUCUAGGCGGGAGAGAAAUCGUCAAAAUGCAGCCACAAACAUAGAGAAUUCCAACAAAAAAGGAAGGAGGAAUCAAAAGGGCAAAAAUCGAGGAUGUGUCUUAACAGAAAUACAUUUAAAUGUGACCGACUUGGAUUUGGGAUAUGAAACCAAAGAAGAGCUAAUUUUCCGGUAUUGCAGUGGAUCUUGUGAUGCAGCUGAGACCACCUAUGACAAAAUUUUAAAAAACUUAACCAAAAAGAAAAAACUGGUCACUGACAAAGUGAGGCAAGCCUGUUGCAGACCCACAGCCUUUGAUGAUGACCUGUCCUUUUUGGAUGAUAACCUGGUUUACCACAUACUGAAAAAACAUUCCGCGAAAAGGUGUGGAUGUGUCUGACAACUGCAUGCCAAGGCGGCACCAGGUUUCCAUUCCUGCUACGCUGCAAAGAGAGGGACCAAGGUUCCCAGGGAAGUAUCUGCUCCAAGUGGAGGAAAAAGGACCAAGAACACAGAAUGAGGAGCCGUUGAGAGCCUGGGGAUAAGGAGGCACGCGGCGGAGUAGAAGGAUGGAGACUUCUGACGUCCUAUGGGGAUUUAGAUAAAAGCUCAGGUGGAGAUGACGAUGGAUGGAUUAUGUGCACGCUACCUUUCCUGUUUGACUCAGUCCACCAUCAGUGAGACUCAAUCCAUGAGGAAUGUGCUUAAAAACACAACCCUGCCAUACCACGCUGUCUUGUAGUUAUGCCAUGAUAUACCAGUUAUACCAAGAAGCUUAGCUAAGAAGUAGCUUAGGAGUACCUUACUAAUCCCCUGUGCCCUCAGCUCUACUGAAAGACACAUUGUGCUGCUGCUCAUUGGAGGGCAGUUCCUGAGUGCUUAGGACAACUCCUAAGUGAUAAGAUUACCCUUGUAAGUAAGAUGAUAUUGGGCAAA